GUCAGUGAUAGUCGUAGAUGGACGGGCGAGCGAUACAGCGGACCACAGACUUCCGGAAAGAUACACAUUAUGUUCGUGGACGUCAACGAGAGAGAAGCAGUUUCCUGGAAGUGAUACCAGCAUCAUGAGACAGACGACAGCUCUGCUUGUGACAUGUCUGCUGGCUGUAAAAGUAGCAACAGCGACUCCGCUGUCCCGUUGGAUGCCGUGCGAAUUCGUCGUAUGCGACGAGCAAUACAAACCAGUGUGUGCAGUGGACGAGACUGGGGUCAUGCAGACUUUCCCAAACAGAUGCCAAUUCGAGCUCGCCAACUGCGAGUCAACCAGAUACCACGUCGUGUUGAAGGAAGGCGAAUGCUGACAUCGGCCUGCAGGACUCGUACCAGACGCCCGGAAAACAUAACCAAAUACAGAGAGAGGCCUGGUAAAAUAAGUUAGGUUAUCUUGGCAAUGAAAUUGUAACAGGAAAGAAUAAGUUCCAUUAAAACCGUCUUUACCUCAUGAGUAAUUAAUUUCAUAGGC